AUGGAGUACCUAAAGGAUAAGCCCCUCAACGAGAAGCAACUGGUAAGUGUCAAGAAACACAAGUACCGCGCAGAAGGCAUCACCUACUUAGAGGAAUAUCUCCAGCCAUUUUGGAAUGCGAUCGUUCCUCAUGUUCCACGCUGGAUCGCACCCAACUUGAUCACCCUCGUUGGACUGCUUCUCAACGCCUUGUCACUUUCGUGGCUGCUUUUUGAGCGUCUUUACUACGGCCGGGGAUCGUUUAGUACCUACAUCUACUGCGGGGUCUCUUUGUUCAUCUACCAGACCUUGGACUCUAUCGAUGGAAAACACGCGCGAAACAUCGGCGUUGCGAAUCCACUCGGUGAACUUUUGACCACGGCUGUGACUCCAUCUCCACCAUUUUCCUUUCUCUUUCCAUCGCCAUUUUACUUUUGUGCUGGUGUUAUUCUUGCUUCGCAUUUUUUCUACUGCAGCCACUGGGUUGCCUAUGUCACUGGAGCUCUUCAUUUCGGUAGAAUAGACGUUAUCGAAGCCCAUUAUGCAUGCAUCUUUUCGUACUUUUUCACGGCUUUUGUUGGCGAAGAAUUCUGGGACAAUGUCUACGUCUUGGACUACCCUGUUCGAUGGGCAUACUACGCCGUUUUGAUCGGUGGCCUUGCAGGCGUCACGCCUAGAUACUGCGACUUGUGCACUACUGCUGGCAGCGGAAUGAACGGCUCAACAUGUGCGAACACAUCCAUCCUCUCCCCCAGCGGCCCCGUUUUCUGCGUCCUCACCCUCGGCGUCCAAGUCAUCUACCGCUCUGGACUCUACAAAAGAGAGCCGAUACUGUCCGCCCUGAUCGUCGCCCUCGCUAUUGCCAAAAUUACGAACAAGCUGAUCGUCGCAACUAUCACCAAAAAAGAUCUCUGCCUUUGGGAUCCGAUUUUGGUCGCUCUCAUCGUCUUGUUCAUGAACCAGUACUGGUACGCAAUAAUUCCUGAAGUUCCCCUCCUGUACCUCGGAGUCGCCUACUCCAUCUUCAAUCUCGCCACUUAUUUAAAUAGCACUUACCACCAGAUUGCCGAUUGUUUGGACGUUAACAUCUUGACGGUCAAGGAAAAGUCCAAGAAACAAUGA